UGUUGUUAUGGUGUCUAGAAAGAUGGGUAGACAGAAGAUAGAGAUAAAGAGGAUAGAAAACUCAGAUGCCAGGCAGGUUUGCUUUUCCAAGAGGAGAAUGGGCCUGUUCAAGAAGGCUAGUGAGCUUUGCAUUUUGUGUGGGGCAGAAAUUGGUAUCAUUGUCUUCUCUCCUGCGGGGAAAGUCUUCCCAUUUGGACACCCUUCCAUUGAUUUUGUAAUUGACAAGCUCCAGGAUGUCCCUGUCUCUGCAGACAGUGAGAAAAUAGAGAACACUCAAAAGCUUGGAAAGCAGUACAACCAACUUCUUCAAGAUCAUGAUGCUCAAAAAAGGCAUUUAGAGCUCCUAGAGAGGGAAAGACAGAAUAUUUGUACUGGGUUUGGGUUUAAUUAUGAAAAAAAAGACUUUUGGUGGAAGAUGAAUAUACAGGAUCUCCAAAUCAACGAGCUGAAGGAGUUUUCAUCUUCAUUGCAGAUGCUUAAAGACAAAGUAAUUGAACGUGCAGAAUAUUUGCUAUCAUUAAGAAUCAACGACAACAGUGCUUCUCCCUCCAUGAAUGAAAUGUUCAUGGAACAAUACAAUCAACAGCCUCUUUAUGAGAAUACAAGGCUUCACCCAUCUUUAGUCCCUGACUUCUAUAGUUCAGUCCCACGGUCUUUAUGGAAUACGACUAGUCCUUAUCCAGUACCAUACGCUUUGACGGAUGACAACCAAGGUUUAUUGAAUGCAGAUGGUAAUGGUGGUAAUGAGUUUGCCCAAGAUUCUGGGAUCCAACCAAUGUCUUUCGCAGAUUUACCCAGUCAAGAUACUGAUUUUGCUCCCGUAGAAAUAUCAGGAUCAAUGAACCAACAACAGCUGUCUCAGGCUCCCUCAAAUAUAUAUGAUGGUGUGAAUUUAUCAUCUAUGUUAGGAGAAUAUCAGCCUUUUGGUUCCUCUCGAACAGCAGACAUGCAUAAAUGGAUUUCUGCAGAUAGACAAUUGGGAUUUUGGCAACCCACCAGUGACAUUACUGGAACUUCUUCAUUAGAAUUUCCACCCAAUGUUCAAGGAGAUGAAUAUGGAGCCAUAAGAGGGCAAGCUUGCAACCCACAAUUUUGAUGGAGUUGAUCUUGCAAUAAAUAACAUACAAUUUUGGUUAGAAUAAAGGCAUUGAUCAUCUAGAACUAAUUGAAGCAUUUUCAUUUUGGUCAUGGGAUUACAAAAACCGUACUAAUUUGUGCCCUGUGAGAAGCUCACGUGGGGUUAACAGUAUUAGUCUUAGUUAUAGAAUACGAGAACUUUCUGUCAUUGUAUGUUUUUUA